AUGCAUAUCCCAAACCCCUCUUCCAUCCUCUUCCUCCUCCUCGCAAUCCAAACAACCGAAGCCUGCAACCCAGCCCGCCGCGAUGCCAACGCCCCAAACCCCUUCACAAUAGGCACCGACGGUCCAGCCCCGGAGGCAACAAAAGGCUUCGCCCUAAACCACAUCGGCCUCCUGACCACCAACCUCUCCGCCAUGAAGAACUUCUACGGCAACAUCAUGGGCAUGCGCAAUAUCUUUGACGCACAAGUAACGCCCGAGUACACCGUAACCUACAUGGGCUACGCACAAGGCGGACGGAACGGCACCGGUUUCCAAACCGGGGCAGAGAUGGCGACGGCCAAGAACAACAUGUACGGGCUGUUGGAGCUGGUGCAGUUUAAUGUCUCGGACGACCGGCUUAUUGCGUCGACCGAAAGGACUAAUACCUUCGGACAUGUUGGGCUUGUUGUUCCUGAUGUUGUAGAAGCGCAGAAGUAUCUUGAGGCGCAGGGGGUGGCGAUUCUUAAGAGGGUUGGUGAGGCUGUGGAGGAUUUUACUGGGCCUGUGCCUAACUCGAUGGGAAUUGGAGAGUUUGCUGGUUUGCACCUUGCGGCUAAGAGGGCGCUUGUUAAGGCGCAGGGGUUGAUUGGAUUUGAGAUGUUUUUGAUGGUUACGGAUCCUGAUGGGAAUGUGGUAGAGAUUCAGCAGCAGGAUGUAUAA